CUGAGGGUUAGCAGGCUAGGCUAAGUCCGGCCGGGGUCAGGCGGAGCGGCUUCUCUGGUUCUCUGCAGGACGGCGCGGUUUCUCCGCCGCGGGGGUUGAGCUGUGGCGGUGAGGCCAGUUUGGGGCGGUUUUGUGUUCGGCUCGUUCGUGGCGCUGUUCAGCUCGGGCCGCCGAUUUAAUGAUCACAGCCUGUCUGAGACCUGCAGGUCGGCGGCGAGCCGGCUGGCGCUUCGUCCGCAGCGUAUAGAGGUCCUCCCGCUGUAGCUGAAGUUACCUCAGAAUAAAGUCGGUCACACCAGUGACUUCAGCUAAAAGCUUCAUAUGAAAUCAUGAGCUAAAUGAGAAAAUCUCUGAGAACUGAAAGACACAGUGGACUCACCAUGAGCUUUUCUUCAUAGAUCCUCAGAAAACAGAAAGGAAAGAAAGGACAGAGCCAUGUUCAGUCCAAAAGAGCUGGAAGGCGAGGUGGAUCACUCGUUCUUCGACAGUGACGGUGAGCCAGGAAAGACCGUCCACCAGGAUCCAGAGGAGAAGGAGGGCAACCUUGUGAAGAAACCCAGUCAAACCGAAUCCUCUCAGAUGGAGAGAAAGACUGAGGGGGGUGGAAGAGUGCAGGUGAAGAAAAAGGAGGUAGAAAAAGACGCUGUUUUGAAAGCAGAAAGUUUGGAGGAAGUUUUUUCCAGCCUUCAGAUUCAGAGCGAGAAGGAUGAGUCCAUGGGUCAUUCUGACUGCACGGAAGAAAGAAAGGAGGAUGAUUCCGAGAGCAGUGCUGUGAAAGAAAGGAGAGAGACGGAGUCUGGAAGAGAAGAUUCGGACGCUUCGUCCAGGAAGUCCUCGCCGCCGCCCCGCUCUGAGAGCAGCCAGUCAGAUGACUCGUCCAGCGCCUGCUCCUACUCCUCUGUAGAGCCGCAUUCUGAUUCGUCGGCUGAGGAGAGAGAGGAUGAUGACGGUGGCAUUUUAAAGGAUGAUGACGAUGAUGGAUACAGCGACACUGAGAGCGACAACAACGAAAGAGAGGAACUUCCAGAACCUCCACCCUUCAAACAUCCUUCAGAUGCCUCCAAAAAGUCUUUAGGAAAGUUCCGGAGCCGUAGCCGUUCGUCGUCGUCGUCCGAUCGCGAAGGCUCACUCGGCGGGGAUGGGGGAAGCCCCGCCCCCUCGCACAAGCUCUCUGCCACCCAGGCGACCUCGUCGCCACGCCGACGGCCUCGUCCAGGUUCGGCCAACCAGAGAGAGAGAGCUAAAGGUUCAGAAACGGCAGAGUCUGAGGACACGGUGACAGACGUUACUCCUCUCUCCACUCCUGACGUUAGCCCAGGACAGUCGUUCGACCUGACUCUGCCCACUGAACCCUUGGUUACGGUUACUGGGCCACAGCAGGAGGACGUCAUCGAGGAGCCGUCGGUUACUGAGGUAGACGCGGUACGGAGGAGGAGCUCGGACACAGAUGGGGACGAGAGAUCUGCUGUACUGAGUGCAGGCAGGCAUGUGGACAUGGACAGCGUGUUGGUCAUCUCCAGCCCCAGCAGUGCGUCCAGCAGCAGCUGCGGUGGCCGGCGCCGGAAGAACUUUUCUUUCACCGACGAAGAGGUGCGGCGGAUCGAGCGCGAAAACCAGCGCCUGCUUAGGGAGCUCUCGCGCUCCUCUCCACACUCGCGCAGCGGCUCUGCCCACUCCGCUGCUGCCCGCCGCAGUGCCCCACCCACAGCUCGCCUCUACCACAGCGCCCUCAACAGGCAGCGCGAGCAGCAGCGCAUCCAACGAGAGAACCUGGCCUUCCUGAAGCGCCUGGAGUCAGUGAAGCCCACUCCAGGAAUGACCCGAGCAGAGCAGCUAGCAGACUACCAGCGCCAGGCCGGAUACCUCGGAAUACCUACCCCACUUAUGAGACCCACUUCAGGGAGGGGAUCCAGACCCUGCAGUACAACCAGUCCUCUCAGAACCAGGCCCGAAACAGCGAAACCUAGCAGAACCACAGCCCCACGACCCGCCUGGUCCUGAUCCAGAACCACAGCCUAUAAACUCCUAGCCUAGCCUAGACUUGUCCCAGUCCCAGGUACCCUUUCCUUCACUCUCUGGAAACGACUAGUACAUUUUCUGCAGUACAGCACCUGAAGGACUCUGAUGGGCAAGUGAAUGUUCUAGAUAGGGCACUCCACGUUCCACUGUCCACUGUCUGUUCAUCUUUUUUGGCACUGGUUGCUUUGAGUACAAGAGAAAACUUAUUAAUUUUAGCCAAGUUAGAAAACGGAAAAAGCCAAAUCCUGGUUAUGAUCACUUACCUCGCUGUUAAGCUUAACUCCUUUGCUGGCAGUGCCUAAACUCCGAAUCUGAUGCCAACCUAACACCCAGUCCUUAAGGUUAAAUUGCACUGAUUCUUAAAGCUUCUUCAUAAUUAAGCAAUUAAGAUGUAAACAGAGUCAUUCAGAGUGGUUUGGUGUGAAACGCUCUGUUCUAGAUAAACUUACCCAGUCAAAACUGUUCACAGUGGUGGUGAUAGGAACCAGACGUCCACCUCUAAAAGCUCCCUCACAGGAGGUUAUUACAUGAAAUGGUUAUGAGACCUGCCUGAGACAUUGUUUUACAAUAUGAAACAGUUUUUUUUUUCCAAUCUAUUCAUGGUAAAGAGGCAAAAUAGUCCUUAAAGAAACCCUUUUUUCCAGAUUUUCCACUAUUUUCCCAUCAUCAACAAUACAUACAAAACCUCAGAAGACUCGUGUAGGUUCACUGGUGGUUCUGGAUAGUAAAUAAAAUGUCUAUAUUUGUGUUGUAGUCAUGGCGACCCCUGGUUCCUAUCACCACCACUGUAAAGACAUCUGAACCAUUUCACACCAAACCACUCUGAAUCACUCUGUUUACACCUCACGCACGUUAUGCAGAAAUCUUGAAAAGAUCCUCUUUAUUCCUUAAAGUUAACCCCCUUUCUUGUCACUUCACCCUGUAAAAUUACCCACAAACCAUCGUAGUUUUUAAAUAUUUUGCGUAAGCAGAAAUUCAGCUUCUAAAAUUCCAUCUCAGGUCUCAUCUUGAGGCCUGAACCUCAAUAUUAACUUGAACUCUGACCUUUAACCUUAGUAACCGGAUACAGUUCUUAGUCUGUGUCCCCACCAUUAGCUGUACAUUUCCAGAUUCCUUAAGCGGGGCCUGGUUUCCCAAGCCAGCCUCACGAGUAGUCAUUGUGAGAUGGUAGAUGGUGGAGUGAGAACCACUUUAAAUGCUCUCUUCACUCUGCUACAGUAAUAAUAAUAAUAAUAAUAAUGAUGCCAUGAUGUUCCUCAAGUGACUUCAACAUGCAGGUACUAGACUCUUGUCUGCUAGUUUUAAUAAACUGGUUUAAACAUGAGCUAGAACUUCCAUUGCUUUCCAGCAGGUUUGGCCUGAAGGUAGAUAAAAACAGCUUCUCCCAUUGACACACAGUGUAACGCGAGUGAUAAUCUAUAUGAGCAGUUCUCAGUUCCAGUCCUAGGCUGUGCAGGUUAUGGUUUUCCUGCUCUUACACGCAUUGAAGGACUUGACAAUCAGCUAAUGAGGUGAGUCAGCUGUGGCUAAGGCAGCGUAGAUACAGUGGUAUGCAAAAGUUUGGGCACCCUUGGUCGAAUGACCUGUUUUGUUGAAUUUCUAAGUGAAGAUAAGUGAACCUGUCCUCCACAGAGAACACACUUCUGCACGUUUUAGAGCAUGAUUACUGUGUAUUUGCUGAAUUUAACAUAUUGGGGGAAAAAUAAAACAUUCAGUGUGGUCAAAUAUAGUUAUAGUACUUUAUAUUUUGUUUUAUUUUUCUCAAUAUGUUAGACUUUGCAAAUAUAUAGAAAUCGUGUGCUAAAAUUUGUAGAAUAAAGUUAUUUAAGUGUGUUCUCUGUCAAGUAUGUGUUCACUUAUUUUCACUUGGAUGAGCAACAAAGCCAGAUUGACUGGGUUGUUCAAACGUUUGCAUGCAACUGUAUCCCACAGAAUUGUGACCACUCGUUUUGGCGUCCUUAAUCUUCAUACUGCAGCUAUAGAAGCACUGUAUAUUGCACUCAAUAGCUUUAGGAAAUACAGUCAUAUGCAAACAUCUGAGUGCCCCUGGUCAAAUGACAUGUUCUGUGAUUCCCUAAGUAAAAAUAAGUGAACACAUCCUCUACAGAGGCACAUUUUAAUACACAAUUACUCUUUAUUUGCUAAAUUUAAUAUUGGGAAAAAGAACAUAAAGUGCUGCAAAUACGGUAUAUUUUCUGGAAAUUUCAGUGCACAACUGUUUAUUUGCUGAGUGGAACAUAUUAGGAAAGAAAUAAAGCAUUAAAUAUAACAUAUGGCACAUUUUAUAUUUAGUGGUUUGAUUCUUUCCCACUAUGUUACACUCUAAAAACAGUUGUGCACUGAAAUUAACAGAAAAUAUACCGUAUUUUCGUUUCUUGUGAGAAAAUCAACAAAAUCUGACCAGGAGUGUGGACUGUAUGUCAGCAAAUGUAGUUAUAGCUGCUGAAAGAUGUUUAGAAGACAUUCCUCUCUGUCCGUGCCUGUCUGUGUGCAGCUCACUAAGCAGCCUUUAUGCUUAAUGUCUGUGUGAUUGAAAGUAAUAAUCCACCAAUGACAGAGUUAAACAGCUAGCGUUUGGUGUUGACUGUUAUUAGAGCAGUUUGUCUGUCUGGUGAAAGAAUGAUAAUGAAGUUUAAAGACAAAUUAUAUAUUUGAUAUUGUCAAUCUGUUUUUGUUUUGGUAUUGAAAUAAAAGUCUUGAAACAGU